AUGUCCCCGGGGAGCGGCGUGAAGAGCGAGUACAUGAAGCGCUACCAGGAGCCGCGCUGGGACGAGUACGGGCCGUGCUACCGUGCGCUGCGCCACUACCGCCUGGGUCGCCGGCUGCUGGAGCAGGCGCACGCGCCCUGGCUCUGGGACGACUGGGGCCAGGCCGGCGCCUCGGACGACUCGGCGUCUUCGGCGUCGUCGGGCACCGGGGCCCCCGCGCCCCAGUGCGCCCCGGCCUCGCCGCCGCCGCCCGCGGAGCCCGAGGCGCGCGUAGGGCCGGAGGAGCGGGGCGUGGAGGCCGCGGGGGACGCGGAGACCAGGGACGCCGGGGACGCAGAGGACGCGGCGCUGCCAGCACUGCCAGUGAAAGAUGUAGAAGAGAAGCCUGAACGACAGAUCCAGGUGAGAGGCUCUGAGAAAGCAGCCGGCAGCACCGACCCUCAGCCACCACCAGGUGCCUUAGCUGCCCGAGGAGGCAGGAGAACCAAGAGUCCCCAGAGGUCAUCCGCGAGAAUAAAAGAACACAGGCACCCGUUUGCCCUCUACGGGUGGGGAGAGAAACAGAUGGAUACAGGAAGCCAGAAGACUCACAACGUCUGUGCUUCUGCCCCCACGCGCGAGAUCCAUGAAUCAGCACUGCGAGCCAAGAGCAGAAGGCAGCUGGAGAAGAGGAGGCUGGUGGCUCAGAGGCAGCGGGCUCACUCUGCUGAUGUGGAGAAAAAUAGGCGGGUCAAGCCUGCCUCCUCAGAGAACCCGUGGAUGACAGAGUAUAUGAGAUGCUACUCUGCCAGAGCUUGAGGGAACGAACAGCUGCUUGGACAACCUCUUUUUAAAAGUGUAAAUGAAAGAAAAGAACAAGACAAAAACUAUCUAAAGAAAUUGGACACAGGUUUAAGAAACCAACUGAUUAUGCAAGAUUUUUUUUUGGGAAUUUCCAAAAGAUUGUCUCUUUCGAUGAAUCCUGGUCACCUACCUCAGCAGUAGGGUGGCAGCUGAAGCCAUAGAAACUUGGUUACUUAUGAGGAGAAUUCCCUAAAUCUUUGAUAUUCUUCUAAGGGUUUUGUUUUAAAGCAUCUCAAUCUUUUAAGAUACUGACACCAAAUGCCUUUAAAUGGCUGACAGAUGCUUAACUUCAGUAUCUGUGCUCAGUUUAGGUGAAGCCUGUUUCCCUCCUGUUCUGAACAGCUUCUCAGAUUCCACAGCUGGUAAGGUCACGCCAGCUUGCCACAGAAGAUUCCUUUUCCUUAUGUGUAGUUUGCUUUGAACAUCAAGUUAAAAGUGAGUUUCAACACUACUUUUGAUUCCAUGUAUAGUGAAAGUAUUGUAGAACACUGGUAGUUCCUAAACAAUUAAAUGUUUUCUGCGUUUCAGUUCGAGUACCACUUCAUGUGGACUGUGAUAUUUAAGAACUAUCUGGGCUGGG